AUGACAUCCACCAACCUUUCCACCCUGGCGCGCUCCAAGCUGUCGCGAGUGCCGUCUUCUUCGGACAGCAAAGACAGCUUCAGCCUCCACCGUUGGGUGUUAUUAAAAAACUCGAUAAUCCAGACCCUGCCGCCACCAGUUAAUGCAUUACCCGCUCAACACGACGAGGCAGACGACGAGCUCGAUUCGUUUAUGUUCCCUGAUGCUGGCAACCUUAUGGAGAGCCCAGCUGCAGCUUCUGAAGCUGCUUGGCUAGAUUCCCUUCUGGAGACCCUCGGUGAAGAAGAAGACGAGUCGGUUGAUUGCAACGACGAGGACCUCUCCCCCAUUUCACCCAUGGAAGAUCAGUGCUACUACCCUUUUCUUGUACCAUAUCCCCCGUACUCACCACCACCACCGCCAUUACCCUAUGUUGACCCUUUGCCUUACUUCGACUUUGACGACCUGCCUCCAGUCCCAGACGCGAUAGAAGAUACGUCAGACGACGAGUCUGAUGCUCCCACAACUCCUGGACAAUCAUUGUCAUCGUUGGACCCUGCUUCCAUCCCCUUGCCCCCAGAACACAGCAGUUUGCGCCAUUCACCCCACAUCUAUAUUGAUGACGAGGACGAGGACUAUUUUAAUCCUCUGCCAUUUGCCCAUAAUUCUCCCCACUACUCAGAGUGCUAG